AUGGACAGCAGUAGCUAUGGUCCACUAGGCGAUGGUGAUUCUCCAGUAUUUACUUGGGGGUCGGAUUUGGCAGGAAUUCAAAUGCUCUUCUUCACAAAGUUGAAUAUCACUUUAGUGUUUCUUCCCCUUGGAGUGAUGAGCGCUUUCUAUCAAUGGGGCGAUCUAACGACAUUCUGGUUCAAUUUCGUCGCACUCAUCCCGUUAGCAGGGUUGUUGGGGAACGUGACAGAAGAAUUAGCUCUCCAUACUGGAGAUUUGGUCGGUGGUCUUUUGAACGCCACAUUCGGAAACGCGGUAGAAAUGAUUCUCACUGUUCAAGCAUUGCGUGCUAAUCUGCUUGCCGUCGUUCAAGGAACACUUUUAGGGUCAAUUUUAUCGAAUCUCUUAUUGGUUUUGGGCAUGAGCUUUUUUGCAGGGGGGUUGUUCCAUCAUGUACAGAAGUUUAACGCUCAAGGAGCGACUUGCAGCACAAGUUUAUUAUUGCUAGCUUCGUUAGCUUUUAUUACUCCGACUGUAACGUCAUCCGAUCACACUCUACCAGAAGACAUUUUAACAAUCUCAAGAUUAACUGCAUUGCUUAUUGCUCUCACUUAUUGUCUCUUUCUCUUCUUCCAACUUGGAACGCAUUUAAGUCUUUUUAAAGAUGAUACUGGGUUCGACAAGGAAUGGCCGACGAUAUCCGCGUCAGUUGCCACGUUGAUGCUUGGUCUUAUUACUGCUGCUGUCAGUGUAGCAUCAGAGUGUCUUGUUGGUUCGAUUGAAGGGGUGUCUCGCAAUAGCGGCAUUCCUGAAAGUUUUAUUGGAGUUAUUUUAUUACCUAUAGUCGGUAACGCAGCUGAGCACGCCACAGCAGUUACAGUUGCUAUCAAGAACAAGCCAGACUUGACAAUGGGGGUUGCAGUUGGCUCCUCUACUCAGAUCGCAAUGUUUAUGGUACCAUUUGCUGUUCUGGUUGGAUGGGCCAUGGGAGUUCCAAUGACAUUAGCCUUCUCGAGAGUCUCGGCAACUGUUCUUACAUUUUCAAUUUUGAUAGUUAUUGGAGUAGUUCAAGAUGGUGAAAGUAAUUGGCUCGAGGGGGUUAUGCUGAUGGUUGCCUAUUGUAUCAUCGCAAUCGUAUUUUGGUUUGACAAUCCAUCAGAAAAAUUCACCAGGGGCCAUCAAGCUCAUCAUGGCGUCUUCGUGAUUAUUGGUGCAUUCCGUCCGCUCACGUCACAAUGA